CAAAUAACAUACGAAAUGAAUACAUUAAUAGUUUGGGUUUUGAUAGGGGUCAACAUUCCCGGUCUGCAAUCACAGAAUGAGAUGUGUAAGGACGGGAACGCAAUUUACUAUCCGAGUCAGCAAUGGGCAGGACCUCCUGGAACCUGUCAGCUUCACCGCUGCACCAAACUGAUAGACGGCAUCGUAGCAAUAUCCAUUCAAAGGUGCCCUGAAGAGAAACUUCAAGGCGUUAGCAAGACAGGGUCCUGCCAAAUAAGUGGUAUUGAUAGAAGUAAAAUGUACCCCCAGUGCUGCCCGACGAUAUCUUGCACGAGAGUGGUUGGUGGGCAAGCUCCGUGCAACCGCAAACAGAUCAAUAUGAUAGAUGAUGACUACUUGGAUCUCGUAUUGAAUUGAAAACAAGGCAUAAGACUACGAAGCCUUCCGCCGACAGAGGAGAAUAGUACUACUGUACCUACUUCCUAAAGAGUCAACGAAAGUGAAAUAAAAAAAUACCAAGUUUUUCUCUGACUCAAAAUACAUUUAUUUACAGCUCAGCCGUUAUUUACACAUGGUAUCAACAGGUUAAGAAAUGUUUAAGCCCUUUGUUAUUAUUGCAAGGCAAACAAUUGGGACUGAGACUUCACAGUAGUCAUUACCAAAAAAGUGGUUAGUAUGUAACAAAUGAUGUUAUCACUAAGAAAUAUAGUUGAGAAUUAUGGUCUUACAAUAGAUGAAAAUAUAAUA